AAUUCCUAUAAAAUGUUGGCCAAAUGCUCUCAAUUUCAUUCCCAACAUUCCCCUUCUGAUCCUAAAAUAAAUCUAUCCGGAUUUCCGCUACAUCGCGAUUCCACUGUCAAUGAACGCUGGAAAGUGCACUAACAGCUCUAGUUCCGCUGAUACCGGUCGAUGAACCCAAGGAAUGCGCGUGCGCACGCCACACAUCUCAACUAAUCAAAAUCAUGUCUCUCGACGAGCAAUUCUCCAAAGUCGCCACCUCCGUCAGGAACUGGAAGACCACUCCCAGCAACGAUGAGAACCUUGCCCUGUACUCCUUGUACAAGCAGGCCACCAUCGGAGAUGUCAACAUCGCUGAGCCCAGCGGCAUGGUAGAGAACGCCAAGUUCAAGGCAUGGACCAGCCGCAAGGGAAUCUCCAAGGAUGACGCUAAGAAACAGUACAUCGAAAUGGCUGAGAAGCUGGCUCCUAAAUACGCAUAAUCAUGUUUAUUGUAAGGAUACCCACCUACUUUAAUUUCAUAAAUUUAAAUUAUUACCAAUAAACGCAUCCAUUUUUGCAGAACUAUUUAUUUUUAUUCAAGUAAAAGAAGAAAUAACAAUAGAUAGAUAUCUAUAGAUAUCUACAUAAAUAUAUACGAUAUACAUCUACACAAAUAUAAUAAAGAGGGAAAAUUACAUUGUUUGAUUGUUUGUAUUGAAUCGAUUCCGAAACUACUUGACAUUUUGAAAAACCCUACUUGGAUCCGCUCUAUUCCCGUUGAACAUAGGAUAUAAUUUUACGCAGGUGAAAUCACGGAUUUGAGCUGGUUAAAUAUCUACAUAAUGGUAGUUUAGCAUGCAU